CAAGUUGAAGAAACGUCUCCACUACUUAAAGAGGGACCUGCAAACUAUUUUUAUUUAGCUGUCCCAAUGGGAUUUUCUCUUAGUAAAUCUGCUACUCAGGUAUCUGCUCUGCGUAUGGAUUCAAAAGUGGAUGAUCACUUAAUGCAAGGGACUGAGAAAAGCAAACUGGAACCAGUGACUCAGUUAUUUCAAAACACCAAGAAAAUAAGAUUAGAAGACACAAACCAAGAAAACUUUACAAGGAGCAAAGAUACUGGCACAGGAUCUCUUUCGGAGAAAGCCUUGGGUUCAGUGGUGUAUGUUAAAGAAAGUGAUGGAAUAGAAAUGAUAGACAUGGAAUGAAGUUAUUUGUGUAUGUUACCAAAGAAACCAAAAAUUGCUUUUGACUAAGAGGGCCUGUUGAAUGAGAAACUUAACCUUAUUAUGAAAACCUAACAAAAUGAAGGAAGACGAUUGCUUAUUUUUCACUAUUUAUGAA